CGUGGCCUGGGUAGGUUCUCGAAUACAAAGCGACCUCUAGAGGCAGGACCUCACUUGUCACGAUUCCUGCAUCAAGGUGACACGGCCAAGUGACACAGAACCAACAGAUACAGGUAAUCAAUGAAUAGAAAACACCGAUCUACAGUUGUAACGUAACAAAUACUGAUUACAGCUGUCAACGCAGGUUGUGGAAUUUUGGAACGACCAGAGCACAAACGAAAAGCUGAUAGUAGCUGGUCAACACAGUAGAACCUAAUUAUGGGACUCAUAUUUCGACAGCUCUUUGAGAGUGUUUCCUCCACCUACACAUACAUCCUAGCAGAUGAAGAGACCAAGGAGGCAGUCAUCAUAGACCCUGUGAUGGAGACAGCAGAAAGAGAUGCACAGCUAGUAGAGGAGCUGGGACUUACACUGAAAUAUGCAGUGAACACCCACGUCCAUGCAGACCACGUGACAGGCACAGGAGAACUGAAGAAGAGGAUUGGUGGCUGCAAGAGUGUCAUCUCCAAGGCAGCUGGGGCCAAGGCAGACAUGUUUUUGAACAACGGGGACAAAGUGGAAUUUGGGAAAUACCACUUGGAAGCCAGGAGCACACCUGGGCAUACUAAUGGUUGCAUGACCUAUGUACUGAAUGAUAAGUCGCGUGCCUUCACUGGAGAUGCUCUGCUAAUCCGUGGCUGUGGAAGGACAGACUUUCAGCAAGGUAGCCCUCUGACCUUGUAUGAAUCUGUACACACACAGAUCUUGUCAUUGCCCCAGGACUGUCUGCUGUACCCUGCACAUGACUACAAAGGCCGGACUGUCACCUCUGUUGGGGAAGAACUGAAGUUCAAUCCCAGGCUGACCAAGUCCAAGGAAGAGUUUGCCAACAUUAUGAACAACCUGAACCUUAACUAUCCCAAGCAGAUAGACCGUGCUGUACCAGCCAACAUGAUGUGUGGAGUGUUUGAGACGCCCUCCGUGUCCCAGUAGACUGCUGUAAAGUGGUCAUUUACACAGCUGAAACUAACUUUCACCACUAGUAUACUCUAUAUAUAUAUAGCUGUGAUCAUACUCAAAGACUACUAAUUUUGUAACCACCGAUUAAAACUGUGACUGUUAGAUGUCAUUGUGCAGUUUGUCCCACAUAUUAGGCACCAUGAGCAUGUGAUAUGUACAUGAUUGCAGAAAUAGCACAUACAUUUUCACCACAUAUUUUGUACAUUUAUAACAAAUGAACAACCAUCAACAGCUGCUGUAACUCCUUUGCUAGAGAACAUACAGUGUGUUAAUG